UUUCUGAGGCCAUUUCCUGGGUUCCAUUCUGAGUUUGGGAAGGAAUGUCUUUGCUCAGGUGGUUCAUCAAGUCAUCAGUGCAAAGCAACACUACGAGCAUGGCCGGUGUCGUGAUCAGGCGUUUGGCUGGCCGGUCUGACUUGAAGCGUGUGGCUAAGUUGGUCCAGCAAGAAGGGUGGGAUUUGUCUCUCUCGACUCUGAUAAAGUUUAACGACAUCGGCCUCUCGGAUUGGUGGGUGGCAGAAAGCAGUGACGGCAGGGUCAUUGGUAGCUGCAACAUGGUCAAUCAUGAGGACAACAGAACCUGUCACGCUGGAAUGUUUAUUGUCGAUGAGAAAUACAGAAGUCAAGGGAUCGGUGGGAAACUGAAAAGUGCAGUAUUAGCAGGAGUUCAAGAGAAAAAUGUCUUAAUCACAGCACUUAAGCCUGAGCAUGUUCUUGAACCAUUCAAGCCUUUACAUGAAAUUCACAAUCUGCAGCUGACGAAAACCAACCAGAAGCUUCCAUCAUUACCGAGGACUGAAUUCCGCAUUCUUCCAUUAGCUGACGUUCCCCUGGAGCUAGUGGAGAAAUACGACGGACGGACACAUCCAAUAAAGAGAACAACACUCUUUCACAGAUGCAUCAUUGGUGACGCUACCUGUGUCUUCGUGGCAGUGGAAUCCAGUUCUGGUAACGUCAUUGGUUAUGCAGCUCUUAAAGAAACCAGGAAAUUGUGGGAGUUCUGUCCAACGUAUGCAGAUACUGACGACGUGGGAUACGAGCUUAUCAGAAAGAUGCUUGACCAUGUUCCCGAGGGAGGUAAUAUCGAAGUGACCCCGUUUGCUGAAAACCAGACGGCAAUCGACUUAUACAAGGAAAUAGGAUUUUCCAUCCAGUUCACUUGUAUGUUGAUGUACUCACAGAAACCUCCGACUAUUCCAGUAAGAAAGGUGUAUUCUGCAGCAGGAAAUGAUUAUUCACCGAUGUAGAAUAAGCAGUCUAAUAAUACAAACAGAAAUAUACAAUUAAAUAUGUUUUCAUUCAUUAAUCUUUUAUUAUAAUUAUUUACCAGUUUCUUAUUAGUUUAAUCAGCAGUCACGUAAAGCCAUACUUUCUCAGCAUAAUAUUCUU